UUACUUGUCCAAAAAAGAACCGUCAAAUACGAAUACGAUUCUAAGUUUUUAGUCCUUUAUAAUCUCUCACAGAUUUGUGCAUUCAAAUCACAAAGCAAGUCGCGUACAAUGGGUUCUGCUUUCGAUCCCUUUGUCACGGUCACUGAUGAGCCCGCCGUCGUCAACUCGCCGCCGCUUCUCUCAAACCUCACACAAGAAGAACUCAAGAAAAUCGCCGCUUAUAAAGCCGUCGAAUUCGUCGAAUCUGGAAUGGUAAUCGGUCUCGGCACUGGCUCCACCGCUAAACACGCCGUGGCUCGUAUCAGCGAGCUUCUCCAAGAAGGAAAACUCAAGGAUAUUAUCGGAAUCCCUACUUCAACCACAACGCAUGAGCAAGCGGUGUCUUUAGGGAUACCAUUAUCCGAUCUAGAUUCGCAUCCGGUGGUGGAUCUAUCAAUCGAUGGCGCCGAUGAAGUCGAUCCGGCUCUUAAUCUAGUGAAAGGACGCGGCGGAUCGUUAUUGAGAGAGAAGAUGAUUGAAGGAGCAUCUAAAAAGUUCGUUGUGAUUGUUGAUGAAUCGAAGCUUGUGAAGUAUAUCGGAGGAAGCGGACUCGCUGUUCCGGUGGAGGUUGUUCCGUUCUGUUGUGAUUUCACACGAGGGAAAUUGGAAGAGCUUUUCAGAGAAGCGGGAUGCGUUGCGAAGCUUAGGAUGAAGAUUGGAUCUAACGGCGGAGAGACGACGCCGGCUGUGACGGAUAAUGGAAAUUAUGUGGUGGAUUUGUAUUUGGAGAGAGAUAUUGGAGAUUUAGAGGUGGCGAGUGAGGCGAUAUUGAGGUUUCCCGGAGUAGUGGAGCAUGGGAUGUUUCUGGGAAUGGCGACGACGUUGAUCGUCGCCGGGAAAUUCGGUGUAACCGUCAAAGAUAGGCCGUGGAAGGAAUUAUUGUAUCAAAGUGAUCCUGAUGAUCCUGAUUUCGAGCCUCCAGAGAGUGAGAGUGAUGUGGUCGACAGUGGAAUUGAAAGCGGAGAUGAGGGAGAUGGCGAUGACGAUAGUGCUGGAGGAGACGACUCUGACAAUGAGAGUGAGAAAGAUGGAGGAGACAACGAUAGAGAGUGUGACAACAACGAUAGAGUCUGUGAGAAUGAUGGAGACGGUGGCAGAGAUCAAAUCCGAGGGAAGAGAAAACGACAGGAAGGUGAAGGUGAAGAAGGGCAAAGAGAGAAGAAACCGAAGAGAAAAGAGAGCAAAGAUCUGCGUGAAGAAGACAUAAUGGAGAGGCUUGAGUUCGAGAUAGAGGAAGCAGUGGCAAAUUGGUUUGAUGAGUUUCAGAUUCGUCGUGGUGAUCCUCUCAAACUCAUAUUAGGCUCACCGAAUUUUGGAUCAUGGAAAGGUGGAAUCUCAUUAGCACCAGGACCUUCAGCUGAUGAUGUAGUCUCUGAUUACCUCCUCUUAGCAGCUCAUAGAACCAAGAGACCUGACAUUCUUAGAGCUUUUAAGCCUUAUCAUGGUGGCUGGAACAUCACUAAUAAUCACUAUUGGGCUUCUGUUGGAUUUACAGGUGCUCCUGGUUUCAUUCUAGCUGUUAUCUGGCUCUUGUCUUUUGGCUCUCUUCUUGUUGUGUAUCAUUGCUUCAAAUGGAGAGUGUGUGUUAAAGCUAAAGGAUCAUCAUUCGAUACACGAAGAUUCUGUUUCAUUUUGUUGAUAGUGUUUACUUGUGUUGCAGCGGUGGGAUGUAUUCUUUUAUCUGUUGGACAGGAUAAGUUUCAUACUGAAGCUAUGCGUACUCUUAAGUAUGUGGUAAACCAGUCUGACUACACUGUGGAGAUCCUCCAGAAUGUGACUCAAUAUCUGUCCCUCGCAAAAACGAUUAAUGUGACAGAGAUUUACAUUCCGCCAAAUGUAAUGGAUGAAAUUGACAAGUUAAAUGUCAAUCUGAACACUGCAGCAGUAACAUUGGGAGAGAAAACACCAGAUACUGCUGCUAAGAUAAAGAGAGUUUUCUAUGCUGUGCGAUCAGCUUUGAUCACGGUCGCUACUGUGAUGCUCAUCCUUUCUUUUGUAGGUCUAUUGCUUUCUGUCCUCCGCCACCAACAUGUUGUUCAUAUAUUCGUCGUGAGUGGGUGGAUACUGGUUGCUGUGACAUUUGUUCUCUGUGGAGUUUUUCUGAUCCUAAACAAUGCAAUUUCAGAUACGUGUGUAGCCAUGAAGGAAUGGGUUGAUCAUCCUCACGCUGAAACAGCUCUCAGCAGCAUCCUCCCAUGCGUUGAUCAGCAAACAACCAACCAGACUCUUGCACAGAGUAAAGUUGUCAUCAACAGCAUCGUGACCGUUGUAAACACCUUUGUCUAUGCUGUUGCCAAUACAAACCCAUCUCCAGGUCAAGACCGCUAUUACAAUCAGUCUGGACCUCCGAUGCCUCCUUUGUGCAUCCCAUUUGAUGCAAACAUGGAAGAUCGCCAGUGCUCGCCUUGGGAAUUAUCAAUAGAAAAUGCAUCCACGGUCUGGGAGAAUUACAAAUGCGAGGUUACACCAUCCGGAGUCUGCACCACCGUGGGGAGAGUAACGCCAGACACCUUUGGACAGUUGGUAGCAGCUGUGAAUGAGAGCUACGCUCUCGAGCAUUACACGCCUCCGUUGCUUAGCUUCCGAGAUUGUAACUUUGUUAGAGAAACAUUUAUGAGUAUUACCUCAGAUUACUGUCCACCACUGGAGCGUAAUCUGAGGAUUGUGACCGCAGGACUCGGACUGAUAUCUGUGGGAGUGUUACUAUGUCUGGUGCUGUGGAUAUUCUAUGCGAACCGCCCCCAAAGGGAGGAAGUGUUUGCGGAUCCACGCCCUCAAAUAAAAGAUGGUAGCGUUGGUAACGGCUUGGAUAAUCAUCACUCAGAUGACGAAACUAAGCUUUCUGUAGAAUGCGUAUAGUAUACAGGUAUAGAUAAAUAGAAUCAGAUGUUGUAUUUCAUAAAGAUAUGAAAGAGAACAAUAAACACAUUUUGUAGCG